UAUGUAAGUUUAUAUGUAUGCGCGUACAUACGUAAUCAACUUUAGAUGUUUUUUAUAUGUGGAAAAAAUCUAACAACAGCAAGAACAACAUCAAGCAAAAUCACCCUUAAUCAAAGCACACACAUGCAUCCACAAGCCCACGCACUCCAUUGGCAUUGCACACAUAGUAAAACAAACCCUGGCCUACAAGCGCACAAGCAGCUGAUAAUGCACACAAAUAUGAGUAGCAAAGCUAACACUUUCCAGUGUAUUUGAAUGGUCGUGGAAGGCAGAGGAGUGGAACUGUUUUAGCCAUGCUUCGCUUAUGCUUUAAUUUGCUUCUUCAGCACCAUGCUGACUUACCAUCACUCAAGCGUAAUUGAGCGCAAUGUCGUUUUCCACUCAACAGUGCCGAAGCAACAAGUAUCCACUCAAUUGUUCGGCGUUGAUGAUCCGCGUGCCGGUCGCUUGAUAACGUAUUGUCUUGAGCGCAAAGGAAACGGGCAUGCGCAAUGCUACCAAUUGCCAUGCGAAUUGUCGCAGAGGACUUGUGUGGGUGGUUGGUUGGCUGGUUGGUCCAGCCUUUGUUGACGUUGCGUGUUAGCGCGUGUUGGCGCCGUCGUACUCGUACUUGUUGCUCGCUUGUCUGUCUAUCAGUGUUAGCUGGCUGCCAACCUUUCGUAGUGUGUUAUACGUUGGCAUUUCAUUCGAAUCCACAAGUGGCUAUGCGGCAGCCUCAGUGCUUCCGGUUCAAUCUGUCUGCUUAGUUGUGCAUUUGCCGCAGCGGGAAUCACUCGGCGCCGUCGUGGUUCGUCGUCGUUUACCGUUGAAAGAGCUUGUAUUUUGAUUUCAUGUGUGCAGCGCAACAAGUGUUAUUUCAGUGGAAUAGAAAAUUUCAUUAAAAGUUAACUGAAAGUUAAAGAAAUUUAUGUUUCAACACAAUAUUAAAUGUGUACACGAAGCAUGUUAUUGAGUUUUAUAAAAAUUAACAAUACUUUCGUUAGAAAGAAACCUUAAAAUUUGGUGAAAAUAGUCGUUUGUAAGAGAUCUCAUAAAAAAAAUAUUAAAAAAAAAAUUUUCAAAUUCAAUUGAUUUUAAAGUGAUUAUAUUUUAGGAAAACGUUAUUGAAAAACAAUCAAAAUGGGUUCGAAUCAUAUUUCGGAUAUACUAGUCUCGCAUGAGUAUAUGACUAUGGAACAACAACACCAAAUGCAUCAACAUCAAAUCAAUCCUAACAUGAAUCCUGAGAAUCCAAGGUCACCUAUUGAUUUACAGGAGGGAUCAUCACGACCAGUACGACGAGCCAGCCAGAGGACUACACAGUUAAGCAAUAAUAAUUAUGAGAUGGAAAUGACAGAUUCAAGUUCACAGAGCGACGAUACAAGCGGCGGCGGCGGCAGCAGCAACGGUGGCAGUGCACGCCCAUCCAGCCGCGCUAGGAAUUCCUUAACGGGCUCCACACAAAGCCGGCGCAGGAAAGGCGUUCUCAAUGCAAAGGAGCGUAAUCUGCGGCGAUUGGAGUCAAAUGAGCGCGAACGCAUGAGAAUGCACAGCUUAAAUGACGCUUUUCAGUCGUUGCGUGAAGUUAUUCCACACGUGGAAAUGGAACGUCGCCUAUCUAAAAUUGAGACUUUAACUCUAGCGAAAAACUACAUAAUAAAUUUAACGCAUAUAAUUCUCUCCAAACGCAAUGAAGAGUCAUCGUUGGAUUUGAAUGGUGUAAUUUUGAAUGGCGCCACUACCGAUCUAACCGGCAAUGGCGGUAUUGGCGGAGUUGGUGAUGUUGGACUCGGCGUUGGUGUUGGCGUUGGCAUUUUAAAUUUAAAUGCUGGCGGUGGCGGCAAUAGCUCUGGGCCUGGCCCUGGACCUGGGCCUGGACCCUGUUAUGAUGACGUUCUAACAAAUGGCACAAAUUCGUACGAUUGCGCCUUGGCUGCGGCAGAUGUGGUGAAUCAGCAACCUCGUCUAACUACCGCCACCACAACCAUACAAAUACAGAACCAAAGUCUCAGCCAUAUGCAGCCACAAUUGUCGCAACAUCUAAUGCAAGCGAAUCACAAUCAAUUGGUGUUACAACAACCGACAACAACUACAUUAUUACUCAACAAUGGUUUUGAUGCGAGUGAUAACAAUAACAGUUAUGAUGAACCUUUUCGAGAAUUUAUAUAAAUUCGAAAACUUACAAAUAUACGCUCAAGUUCACUUCGAAGAUUGAUUACGACAAUUGCAGACUCAUUGGAUAGUUUGGAUAGGAAUGAGUUUCUCAACCAAAAAUUGAUUUGAAAAGUUUUACAAAAGGCAGAAAACAAAAUUUUACGAAAUUCGGUUCUAAUCGGUUCUAAAUUUUCCUAAAUUUUAUAUAGCAACGUGACUUUGGCUUCAUUAAUUGGAUUACUGCAGAAGAUAUUAAUUUAUUUAAAGUCCAAAUCUCCCAUAUAAUUUUCACCGCA